GAGCAAACCCUGAGCGUCCUCCAAGAUGCUGCUGAUCCUGCUUUCAGUGGCCUUCCUGGCCCUGACCUCAGCCCAGAGCGGGAGUGAAGAUGUCCAGUCUGAAGAAUCUCCUGUCGUAGCAUCAGAUGGAGGAAAUGCUGAGAGCCCACAACAGGAACCCCAGGAACAACCUGCUGAGGAUGGAAACCAAGGGGAAGGCCAAGAGCAACAAGAUGGUCCUGGCAAACCUGAAGGACCACCCGGACAAGGAGGCAAUGAACAGGGUCCACCCCAAGGUGGACGACAACAAGGACCUCCCCAAGGGGGCCCACAACAAUUACUUUUCCAAGGGGGCCGACAACAACAAGGACCUCCCCAAGGGGGCCAACAACAAGGACCUCCCCAAGGGGGCUCACAACAAUUACUUUUCCAAGGGGGCCGACAACAACAAGGACCUCCCCAAGGUGGCCAACAACAAGGACCUCCCCAAGGGGGCCCACAACAAUUACUUUUCCAAGGGGGCCAACAACAACAAGGACCUCCCCAAGGCGGCCAACAACAAGGACCUCCCCAAGGGGGCCAACAACAAUUACUUUCCCAAGGUGGCCGACAACAAGGACCUCCCCAAGGUGGCCGACAACAAGGACCUCCCCAAGGCCAAGGACCCCAGUAAUCUACAAUUCAGGGACAGAGAGUGAAUAAGAAGAUAACAGUCUUUCAAGAAGCCGUGACAUUGGAAUAAUGUAAUCAUAACUAUCACUUCAAUAUACCAA